CAGGAGAAGUGAUUUUGCAAAUUGCCAACCAACCAGUUCUGCCUUUUAAUGCUCUCGAUAUAGCUUUAGAAGUUCAAAACGGCCUUAAAGGUGGUAAUCAACUCAACACUCAUCAACUGCUAGCCAUGGCAUCACACCUGCGGGAGAGCUUGGAACUCUUUCAGUCAGAUGAGAUGCGUCCUGCUAACGAUCCUAAGGAGCGAGAUCCCAUCCGCGUCCGAAUGCUGAAUGACGUUCUCCAAGACAUGGAGGAAAACUUCCUGGUAAGGCAGGCGCCACCAGGUUUUUAUCGAAACAUCCUGUACCACCUGGAUGAGAAGACAAGCCAGUUUUCUAUAAUCCUGGAGGCUUGGGAGCACUGCAAAUCACUUCCAUCAAAUGAGACCCUUCAAGAAGCCCUGUCAGAGGUGUUGAACAGCAUUAAUUCAGCUCAGGUUUACUUUAGAGCAGGACUUGAUAUGUUUGAGAGUGUCUUGGUUGGAAAGAACUGAGAAAACUCCCAGCAUUGUAAGAAGUUUGUUUACAAUUCCACAAGCAAAAGCUCUAAUCUGACCAGAAUUUCUGACAUUGAAGAAUUCCCCCCGACCCAGUGGCUUUUUUGACAGCUCUAAUGAAUUAUUACAUUGUAUUUUUUUAAUGUACAUAUAUUUUGCACAUUUAAUAUUUCUCUUAUGUCUAUAUAUCUGUAUAUAUAAAAUCAAGUUAUAGAAAUAAUACUAAAGAUUUAUCUAUUCAGAAGAAAUCUGCUGUAUUUAUAUUCCAAAUGUUUUGGGGGAAAAGAUCCCAAGAAGUUCUGGACAAUCUUUGCUCCUAUGGACAAAACACACAGGAACAAAACUUAACCCCUACGUUAGAGCUAUUAAUGACCUAGUUUCUGUAAUAGAAAUGGAGAGUGGAUAUGGUUUCAGGUUAACUUCACUAUUAAGUGUUUAAUAUGAAGAAUUCAAGUAUUCUGACUGAGCGAUUGGUUGACCAAAGCCACUUUGAAUGUCUUUGUUUUAUGAAAUGAAGUGCCUGUUCUGAACACAACUAGAUGUAGUAAUACACUGGUUAUGAAAUUAUAUUUUUGAAGUAUUUAAAAAAAAAAAAACAAAGAGCCAUAAAACAUUCCAGGGAAGAAUCUCAAGUUAGCUGCACAGAGCAAUUUAAAUGCAAAUUCUUUUUCCUAACAACUUACAAGGUGACUAGCUUUGAAACCCCUAAUUUGCCUCCGUUGAUUUUGUACAAAUUUCAGGACUGAUGUAUGCCUUAUGAGGGAGAAAAUAUUUCCUUUUUUUUUCUGUUGGAACCACUGAAACAGAGGUUACUCUAAAAUGAAAGCAUCUCACAUUACUUUUCCUUCUUGUAUCUCUUCUGCAAC